GGAAGCAAAGAAAGGAGAAGCAGCUACAGCCAGCACACUUCCUUCACCUCUCACUCCCGGGCCGGGCCUGGUGAGCAGAGAGCAGCCAUAUGAGAAGAGAGACCCUGGUAGGAGCAGCUGCGGCCACAGGGUCAUAAUGACACAGAGGACUCAGAAGCGGCCACCAUGGGUUCUGUGAAUUCCAGAGGUCGCAAGGCAGAGGCCCAGGUGGUGAUGUUGGGCCUGGACUCCGCUGGCAAGACCACGCUCCUGUAUAAACUGAAGGGCCACCAGCUGGUGGAGACCUUGCCCACUAUCGGUUUCAACGUGGAGUCUCUGGAAGCUCCUGGCCACAUGUUGCUGACUUUCUGGGAUGUUGGGGGGCAGACCCCGCUCAGGGCCAGUUGGAAGGACUACCUGGAAGGGGCAGAUGUCCUCAUGUAUGUGCUGGACAGCACAGAUGAAGCUCGCCUGCCUGAGGCGGUGGCUGAGCUCAUGGAAGUGCUGAGCAACCCUCACAUGGCCGGUGUCCCCUUUUUGGUGCUGGCCAACAAGCAGGAGGCACCCAGUGCUCUUUCCCUGCUUGAGCUCAGGCACAGGCUGGGCCUGGACUGGUUCCAGGACUGCAGGUGGGAGCUCCGGGCCUGCAGCGCCCUCACGGGGGAGGGGCUGCCCGAGGCCCUGCAGAGCCUGCGGAGCCUCCUGAAAGGCCGCAGCCACCUCUCCAGGUGAGGGCCAGUGGGCUGAGAGUGAGCAAGAAUCCUUGACCAGGAUAGAACAGCUUAUCUUUGCUCCUACGAACCAGCAGAACCAGCUGAUCCUUGAGGCAUUUAAGCGCAGUUGACCAAACAAGAAAUCUUUCUGUUCUUAGAUAGGAUAUUUCCUUCUAGGGACUUGUCCUCAGUGGUGAUGAUGUUAAGUUACCAUCGGCUAUUCUUUGAAAAAUGAUACUCUGUGGAAAAAACCAACCACAACACAAUUUCAGUGCUGUUUCCAGCGGGAAUGGAGCAUCUGUAAUCAUGGAGAGUGAGCAGCCACGCAGGACUUGAGCCCUCAAUCCACAGAGGAAACGAAGUUUUAAAAUCAAAUUAGGGGGGCGGCGCCUGUGGCUCAAGGAGUAGGGCGCUGGCUCCAUAUGCCAGAGGUGGCAGGUUCAAACCUGACCCUGGCCAAAAACUGCAAAAAAAAAAAUCCAGUCAGGGUAUCAUCUGGAUGUGGUCAUGAUGGAUUGCUGUGAGCAGUGGCCCUAGGGAUGUUCCAUUAUCACCCUGAUUAUAUCCAUUAUCAUUAUCCAUUAUCUGUUCCAUUAUCACAGAGCAGGGAGCCUGCUCCCAAGGAGCCUGGCAGUUAGAAGAUGGGCUGGGAGUUGAGGCUGUCCAGAGAGGCAUCUUCUUCCCCAGCCUGAUUGGCCUUUCUCUA